AUGAGUGAUGCAUUUAAGUUACACCAGUCACUGAUACGCGGUUAUGAAAAAGCUUUUUUGCACAAGAAUGGCCAAGCCGUUCAGCAAGAGGUACCGAAAGUCUGGAGGGAAAUAAAAACGAAUUGCAAAACAAGAACAGAGUUAACUGCGGCAACCGAAAAACAACUUGCCGAAUGGAAACAAAUUGAGAUGAAGAAAAAAGGAUCACUACUUUCGUUUUGGUCGAAGGUAAUUUUUUAUAUAACUGUAUAUGAAUUUUAAAAACUUUUUUAUUAGGUGCCUGAUAAACUUGUAUAAAAAUUAUUACAGCAAAAUUACACCAGAAUAGCUGAUUGAACAAAUUUACAUUAUUUUAAAACAGGUUCCUACUCAGUCAACCAACAAAGUUGCUCUCCCGGAAAAUGCAGGAACGGAAACGUCCUCAGAUAAAAAUAAUGCACUGGUGAUUGAAGUGAUACAACAGCCAGAUAUUUCAGUUGAUAAGCCUAUGCCAACAGCAAGCUUGAAAGAUGUCCCAGCACCAAAACAACAAGAGUUGCACAAAGAGCUUAGCCAGCUUAAGAGUGAUCUGGUUGUGGUAUAUGGCAAACGUGACAUGAACAUGAUGACACCUGAUGAUUACAAAGAAAUAUCGAAGAAAAAACAAAUGCUGAAAAACCUUGAAAAGAAGCUAACAGCGAGAAAAAAUGCGACGGAAAGGCAAAGGAAACUUAGACUAGAAAGAAAAAGAGCAAUGGAAGAGAUUGACCCUGAAAUUAGAAAAAAAGCUUUGCGGAAAGGAAGAGGGUAUUCGUGGUCGACCUAG